UCGGCCAAUCAAAUCUAUACAGAUAAGCUGCAACAAAAACGUGGUUUAAAGUCGAGCAUUUGUGACGAACCCCAGAGGCUCGGCAACAAUGACACAGGAGGGAUAGAGCAUUGUUAGUACUGUCAAAAUUUGGUGUUUGACAAUGCGUGCUUCAAAUGCGUUGGUCUGUUGUGGGUUUUUGUUUCUGACACAAUGUUCCAUAAAUAUACAAGCCUGGAGUGGGAGCCAUGUCUGUUCUACAAAGGUAACAACGUACCGAGUAGUAAGAUAUUGCAAUUUUAAUUGGUGGGGCUGCUGGCAACACAAAUAUCGACGGGAAACCAUCUACUCCAUAUCACAAUAUUGUUGUCCUGGAUGGAAACAUAAUGGUAAUCACGUCUGCAACAUACCCGUCUGUCUGCCGCAGUGUUACAACGGAGGCACUUGCCAAAGUCCAAACAAGUGCCUUUGCCCGGUAGGCUUUAAUGGCGACCUUUGCGCAAACCCGCUGUGCUCCUACCUCAAACCCUGCUACCCUGGCACCUGCGGUGCAAACACUGACGAUUGUACGUGUACACAUGGAUUUAACGGAGCCUCCUGCCUUACAUUUGAGCCUGGAGAGCAGCCGGAAGUACCUACAGCACAGACGGUCAUGUACGUGGUUGACCCUGCAACUUCCGAGCUGUUUUACUCCAUAGAGACGGACGCCACAUUUCCUGGAGGGGGCAGGUCGGAGGUGUUCUGGACAAACCUCUACUUUUUCAAUAGAUUAAACAUCACAUGGGAAAGUUACUACGCCAGUAGAACUGAUUUACCUCCCCUCCCUAGUUACAUCACUGAUGUAAAGUUUGGAAUAGUUGAAUCCCAAGCGGAAGUACUUCACGUGAAAAGACAAGGAGCAGGCUGGAUUAGUGAUCCACCGGAAAUUCAUCGAUGUCAAGAACACGUGAUUUCUUCUGACACACCGGAAAUGGGAAUUCUUCAGUGCAGACUCGAUGCUGGUAGAUAUAAGAAAACCUUGGAACAUGAAGACAUGCUGAAUAUCACAGUGAAGUCGAAAAAUGGCGGCCAUCGUGUAAUACGUAAGCCAGACGGAAGUACUUUUAAACAAACUUACACGGGAAGAUGGAAUGAGAAGCAAAUGCAAUUCAGGAUAGACUUCCGGGAGCCUUUUCACUGCAGCAUCAACGGCACGUGCAGUGAACUUCCUGUCAGCAUCCAUGGACCGGAUAUCCGCAAAACGGGUUUCACAAUGAAGUGGCCUGGCUGGCAGGAUCCUCUAUCGGGAAUAGAACGCUACACCUGGCGAGUGUUCCGGCUCAGGGCGGACCGGGACGGAAAUCUGACGGAAGUCGACCAGCCGGUGUACUCUCAUCAGGCAAACGGAUCGCUUGCAGGACUGGAGACGGACAACUACACUCCGGACACGGCCGGAAUGUACUCCGUCUACUUGCAGGUGUCUGACAAGGCCAACAAUUCUAGAUACGCGCGUACUCUGGUUCUGUACGAUCCUAGCAGUCAGGUUGAGAUCAACACCUCUCCAGACGCUGAGCUUUUCGUAUCCAGCGCAUCUUCGGAAGUCGAUUUUCACUGGCAGACCAACUUGCAAAGUCCAAUCACCGUUUCCUGGAAGAAACACUUCAGGAAUAAAUUUCACGAAGUCAACAGCCUUCUUAACCGCGUGCUUCCAUACCCUGGUAAUGUCUAUAUAAAAGAGAUUGGCGAUAGAAAGUACGUGAUUUCCAAAGAGGUCGAUGACAACUACGACGACCAUGAAGGGAACAGAACCGUGGAUGCCAUCCGUAACGUCCACGGUAUUGUCAAGUUUGAGGUUGCGCGCAGAACGGACAAAGUUCUUGGAACUUCGUGUAAGCAGGCACCAAAUUCAUGGAACCCGGUUUCGGACCCGUGGAAUGAGGAACACGUUUUUAACCUAACCCGGCAGGACGGAUUAACGGUCUGCAUAUGGAUCAGGGCCUCAGACGUGUUCGGUAAUUACCAGAUAGAUUUGACCCAGGUCCAUUUUGAUGCAACGGCGCCGGAAUUUGCUGCACCACCGGAAAUCGAGAGAAACAAGGCCCCUACAGGAGAGCCCUACCACAGCAGAAUCAAAUGUCAGUCACGUGACCCAGACAGCGGCGUCAUGGAGAUAAGAUGGCGAAUGCGUGACAACAUGACGGGGGAGGAAUUCGGCCGCGGAGCUGUCGACGCCUUGUUAAAGGAGGGAGAAGAGUGCUCCCCAUUCUCAAAGGACUGUGAGUGUUCGCCUUCCCACACAACAAAUUGCUACAGGCGGGAGAAUGUUGUCUAUAUCCCACACUGCGCCAUUAACGUCACUAAGGAUAGAGUUGCCUCCCUUAUCGUGCAGGUUGAAGUCGAUUCCGUGAAUGGCGCUGGUUUGUCUUCUGCUGUUACAACAUUCCAGCUUGGCAACAUCUCUCAGCUAGACGGAAUAAACGAAUACGUUGCUCCUAUGAAUUUCCAGUCACAUGACACGACGUCAUCGUCUGUAACUGUCCAAUGGGACAACCCACCGAGCUGCUACAGUCUAUCUGCCAUUCGGGUCGCGUAUCGACCUGUCAACGGGGGACAACUCCACAACUACACCUCGUUCAAACUCAGCAAGAGGGUCAGCCUGAACGGCCUCUACCGUGGUACCGAUUACAUCAUGUGGAUUUAUAACAUCUAUGAUAAGGAAGUCAGCGAUCCUUCUGAGUACAGAUUUACCACAAUCAGCUACUUGGCGUCGGAAAUAGCUGGCAUCGUCAUAGGCACUUUGUUACUUCUGGCUGUCGCGGCCCUCGUGACCUUCAUCCUCGUGCUUUGGAGGAGAGGUCAGCUAAGGUCAACUCUAGAACGCCGCCUCACCCGCGCAAGAACAGUCCUCAGAAACAGAGUUAACAGAUAUAGUCGAGCAACGCGAAUACUUAUUUUUUUGAUGAAACGUACGAUUCGCCCAAUUUUGUUUCCAGCUGCCAAAAGCCAGAAUGAGAACGAGCGACUCCUGAUGAAGGCCAAGAUCAAUUUCAUGGCCAGUAAUGAUUUGGACCACGAGAACGUCGUCCGCUUUAUCGGCGCCAUUAAUGAUGAUGAAGAACGAGGCCCAAUCAUGUUGUUGGAAUUCUGCGAGAUGGGCCCACUGAAAACCUGGCUGGGCAAUCAGAAAACUAUCGGGAAAAUCCACGGUGAUGUCGUUGACAGAAUGUUCUUCAUUGUUUAUGGUGUGGCCAAAGGAAUGGAAUAUUUGGCUUCCAGAGACAUUGUACACCGGAAGUUAGCGGCCCGUAAUAUCCUGUUGGACUUCACUCUUCAGCCCAAGAUAAUCGGAUUUGGCCCGGUACCGGACGAGUUGGCUGAGGAGGCCGACAACACGACAAAAGGGGAACGACUGCCUCUGAAGUGGAUGGCACCAGAGCUAGUGAAGGCUAAGUCCACCAAAAAAUCAAACGAGAAGUCCGAUGUCUGGUCCUACGGUGUAGUUGUUUGGGAAACAUUCAGCCUUGGCGAGGCCCCUUACACCGGCAUUAAAGGAGGAGAUUUGUUGAAGAAACUUAAUCAAGGCUAUCGACUCCCAAGACCAGAGUUCAUGACAGAUGAUUACGAUGUGUUGACGAAGAGGUGUUGGAAUCAGAUGCCCGAGGAUCGCCCGACCUUCGCCACUCUGCUCAAAGAACAAUCGAAGUGGUUCGACAACUCUGCCGACAAAUCGUUGUACUAUGACAGCAGCGAUCUGAAGAAUUACUAGUGGAGCAAUAUAUCUGACCAGAAAUAUCCUAAACCACACAUAAUAGUAAUACAACAAUGUCAAGAAUUUCUAUUAAUGCCACAGGUAACAUUACUAGGCCUGUAUAGAGCACUCGCACAAGAACCUGGGUUACCAGGGGAACGCAUCUAUAAGACAUGUACUGCCUUGGUAGUUAGAAAUAUCCCAGCCUACGAUAGCUUUUUGAAACGGGUUUUUGGAUUUAAAUUUAGUCUGGACUAUAAAACCACAUUUGUUCUUCGUUUAACAUUAGGACAACAAUAGCAAUAUAAGAUAUUAGCUUGAGCGUUACAUAUUGUGUUCUGCUAGCACCGAUCUACAAAGAAACGUUUAACGUAACCACCACAGCAACCUGAUAGGCCUACCGACGGAUUCAAAUGUUUGAAAAGUGGCUGAACUGCCCCCACUGAAAUAACACUUUUAGUGGUUGCAUGAAAAAUAUUAUACUAGGACAAAACCGUUAAAUUUUGAGAACAAAUUCUGCUGUACAAGGUAAUUCAUAAUCAUGACUUGAAGUCAAAAAUCGUUUUGUGAAAUCGAUCCCAAUGCAACAGAUGAGGGUAAGCUAGGCUAAAAACUGGGGAUAACGCUUAUCUUUUGGUGUUUUUAAAUUAACCUUGAAGAUAACAUCCAUUUUAUAAAGUAAAUCUCGCUGUGGCUAUAAACCUCGUGAACGGAAUGCGACGCAAAAGAACUCUGUUAUUAAGAAACGUUUGCGAAUAUAACGUCUACAUGUAUGGAGACACAUUUCAGAAAAUAACGUUGCCGCUCUUUUUUCCGUAAAUCAAAAUCACAUGAAAGACCUCUUAGGAUUCCGAAAACAGGAAUACUAAAAAUGUAGACCAUACUUUUUUUGUCUUCAACAAUCAGAAGACGAUAUUUGUGAUAUCUGAAUAACCAUGUUUUGACCACUCCCACUUAUUCACCUCAUGCGUUCAUAUCUGUUUUAUUCAAAGUGUGUUGUAAAGUAGUAAUAACAAAUGUUCUCUUUGUCCUUAAAAUGUGUCUCUUUCCCUGAGAUAUUUUUCUACUUUUUUUUCUUAUAGUAUUCCCAGAGUUUAUUAAGAAAGCCUGGUUUAUUUUUCUACAAUUAAAUAUAUUUUUUUUCGCCAGUAUUGUUAAUUCAUUGAGAGCAAGUUGGCCCUUCCCCAUCCUAAAAUAUUUUUUCUCCUUUUAAGAUAACGUUUAGUUAGAAACUAUCGUUUAUAAAUUUCUUCAAAGUUUUGCAAAAAGUUCGUUUCGGUCGGUCAUUCAAGAAAAAGAUGUCCAGGUGUUCCUUUGGUGGUCUUACAUAUUUCACAAACAUCGUCAUCUUUACGGCCUAUUUUACAGAGAUACAGUCUUAUUGGUAUUAUCUUAUGCAAUAAUUUGUAUUGAAAAUCCUUCAGUUUUGUAUAUUGUUAUACAGAAAAAAAUGGAAGAAAAUGUAUUUGCCCAUUUUAUUUCUUUUAGUUUAAGGUUAUAUUCCCAUUUAUUAUGAAUACGUUGUUUUUCAUAAGCGGUGUUUAACACGUCAUAAAAGUAUGGUUUAUUUAAUUUUUAUUUCAUUAGAAGUUGAAAAGAUAUCGGAAAAGUUGGCUAGUAUAUCUUGGAUCCAUGGUUUAGGAAUCUUUGUAAUUAGGUUAUUAUAGUCAAGGUAUGUACCUUUAAUCAUAAAAAGGUAAUCAUAAGCAUUUUCUUAAAUUGUGCAAAUGGUAGAAAUUUGCCCUCCUUCUCUAGUAAAUCUCUUAUAUAUCGUACUUUAUUAUUAAACCAGUUUUGGAUUUUGGAAAUGUGAACGCUGAAAGGAAAAGAAAACCAAAAUGUCAAACAAAUACCAUUAAAAAUAGUAUGCAUUUCCUCGUAUGUGCAUGCCAUAAAAAAUCCUAAUGUAUACCUCAAGUUGAUAAAUUAUAAACAUAUUCAGCGCGUAAAUCCGCUAUGUGCGACUCCAUUUUGCCUAAGAACUAGUCCUGAAGUCGUCUUUGUUAGGAGAAGAAUUUCCGUCGGAAACCGGUACAUUUCCGGUAGAAAAUGUGCGUGACCUGCCAACCGCCGGUACUUCGUGUUGCCUCGGUGAUUUCCGCUUGACGCUCGGGAAACCGGAAUUUUGGAAGUUGGUUCCGAGUUUACACGAUCAAGCGGGCAGCGUUAACGACUCCCACUGGCUGAUAGGCAACACACCCGCAGCAUAAAUUACACGGUGUUAAAGAUCGAGGACGCGAUGGACUCAACGACUAAUGCCAGCUUUGCCGUUUUCAGGCUUUACGUGUAUGGCAAGGAAAAUCGUAAAAUUAUGCAGUAGGCACCACCAGAUUGAAAAAAAUGUGCUCUUUUUUAGCCUGUAGAGCCAUGUUUUUAAAUUUUUUUUCUCCUUUAAAGUUCGAAUUAUACCACAAGUCUUCAUCUGCUAUAUCUACUGUUGUUCUUUCCUGCAAUUUUUGGUGGAAAAUGCCCCAAGGUUUUAGAGCGUCUUUCCAAAAAGAGCUUUUUA